UGCAAAUGCAACAAAGGCUUCUACAGACAGCAUCAGAUACUUUGGCAAUGUGCAAAAACUGUACAACAUUUUCUCUGCUUAUCCACGAAGGUGGGAAAUUCUGAAAAAAACAACAAAUGCCCAUUACAUUAAAGUCACAGAGUGAAGAUAGAAGAGACACAUCACCAGCAUGGAGGUGGUUAUAUACCAAAGUGACCAUGCCCUACUUAAGGAGGGAGAGCGUAGAGCAGAGGAGCUCAUCCCCGAACCAGACGCUGAUGGUGUGUGUGUCUGUCAUAUUGACUUUAUGUUCACUGAAAAGUGUGGCAAUAAAAACCCGAGCUUUACCAACCUGAUCUCUGUCCUGCCAUCCUCUGUGCUCCGCCCCUUGGUAGAACCGCUACAGUGGUGCCGAAACCCGGGUCAUCUGGAGCGCAGAAGCCUAACAGCCCCAUGGAGUCCUCCCCGUUCACCGAACUGGUCCAUGCCCUCGCCACGGCCCAGCAAAGCCAGCACCAGGCGCUAGUCACCCUCCGAAAGGAGCAAGAACAGCGGUUCAAGGCCCUGGUGUUGGCCCAGCAAGAAGAUCGUCAGGCGUUCCGGCACCUCCUCGCGUCGGCAGGGUCCACCAACGCUCCCACCGUGGGCCCAUCCCCCUCACCCUAACAAAGAUGGGCCCACAGGACGACCCCGAGGCAUUCAUCACGCUCUUCGAGCAAGUCACGGAGACCUUGGGGUGGCCGAUGGAGCAGCGCGCGGCACGCCUCCUCCCCCUGCUAACGGGAGAGGCGCAGCUGGCCGCGCUACAGCUCCCCGCCGACCGCCGGCUGGCCUACGCGGACCUUUGCCGGGCCGUCCUCCAGCAUGUGGGGCGCACCCCUGAGCAGCAGCAGCAGUGCUUCCGCGCUUUGCGCUUGGAGGAAGUUGGCCAGCCGUUCGCGUUUGGCCAGCAACUCCGGGACGCCUGCUGGCGGUGGUUGAGGGCCGACAACCGCGACGCCGAGGGGAUCAUCAAACAGGUGGUGCUGGAGCAAUUCGUCGCACGCUUGCCAGCAGGAACCGCGGACUGGGUCCAGUGCCACCGCCCGGCGUCGCUGGAUCAGGCAAUCGAGCUGGCAGAGGACCAUAUGGCGGCUGUCCCGGCGGCAGGACAGCAGACAGCCUCUUCUCUCCUCUCCUCUUCUCUCUCUCUCCCCCUCCUCCUGUGUCUCGUCCUCGCCCCAUUCCCCCACUGCAGAGGCGGGGGCCGGCGCCACCUGUGCCGGCCCGCCACACCCGUGGUGCCCUCCUGUUUCUCCCUUCUGUGUCUGUCUCUCCCCCCCUCAGGUGAGUGAGCCCCAAAACACCGGUGCGGAGAGGAAGCCCGGGCCGGUUUGCUGGCGCUGCGGGGAGCCGGGCCACCUCCAACAACAGUGCAUGGUAAUGGAGGUGGGUGCGGUUGUUUGGAUCCCCGACGUACUAGGAGCCGCCCUCGAUCGGGCCAGAGCGUAUCGCAUACCGGUGAGUAUUCAAGGGGAUACAUAUCAGGCGUU